UUUUUUCCGGUUUUUCAAUCCAAUAUGGCGGAUGCCAAAGCAGUGAGAAAUUUGUUGAAAUAAAGUUUUACGAGAUAAUGCGUCCAAAUUUGUGCUGUUAAAGGGAGUAGGGAUUUUAAACGACAUCAAAUAUUACACAUUUUAUGUAUAAGGGGAAAAGUAAGUGAAAUAUGGGCAAUAAAGUCCUCGCCAAAGGCAUUUUAUUAAGGUGCUAAUAAUGAACAAACCGAAUAUUUACAAAUUGAUACCAAUUUUGGGUUUUAUUCUUCUUUUCAGUGGCUAAAGGCAAAGGAAAGUGAGUAACAAAAGUCUGGCAAUGAAGCUAAUCAACUAACAUGUUCUUAGACUUGUUGCCACCCAAUUUACUGAGUACUGACAUAUAUAAUUCAAAUGCUUGGUUAUCUUUGACUUUGUCCAUUCUAUUCUUACAAUAUCAGAACAGUGGUCACUAGCAAAUAUGUGCAUUAUCCAAGAAUGUUAAUUAGAUGGCCACAUUACCUAUCUACCUAAUUACAGUUUUUGUGUUACUCUUAUAUGCAGUGUCAGACGAUAUAUAUAUAUACUAGAAUCUAGAUAACUAGAAAUGCUUUAAUGUGAUUUAAUUAUGCUAUAUGAAACUAUGUUUCUUACUGUUUUUUCAAGGAGUAUGUUGGUACGUUUAGUCAGUGCUGCUGGUACUGGAUAUUUUUACACAAUGAGAAGAAAUAGGGCAAGACCCGAUAAAUUAGUCCUUAUGAAACAUGACCCAAUUGGUAAGAUUACUAAUAUUAUAUUUCAAUUUCUACAUUUCAAACACAUAUAAGUAUAAAUUUAACGCUUCAUAAAACUUUUCCCUCUUUUUUAUUUAGUGAACAAACACGUGUUAUUUGUGGAGACUAAAGUGAAGAAAGGGGCAUCGUCAAGAUAGCACAAAACAUUAGGAAAUUGAAUUUCCAAAAUUGUAAUGGUUAGCCUAUAACAUUCAAAACAACGUGAAUACUCAAUAUAGAUUUUUGUCAUUUUAAUUAUGAUGUGUAAAAUAAAAUAAAAGUCUUUUCAUACGUACCGUGUUACUUUUUGCAGUAGCCAAAUACCGCUCUCGACCCCCCCCCCCCCAAAAAAAAAAAUCUAAUCUGACAUAGGGAAUCGAUCGUUGUCUUAUUAGGGACUGUUUAUAUGGAAACCGGGCUGGUCCACUUAGCGAGACAGCCCGGUAAGCAGGAUUCAUUUGUCUAAUUGUCUUGUG